UCGGUAAAUCAGUGAAAUGCGGGAAAAGCUUUUUCUUUUCUCUUUUCAGAGCCUCUCUUGGUGAUGACGAGCGCUGGAGGCUAGCUAGCUGGAGCUUUUUCACUCCUCAAAAUUUAAUCUGUGCAACAAACACCACCAUGAAGUUCUGCAAAAACCUCCAACGGGUGGUUGAAAUAUCCGACCCGGAGUGGGCUCCUUAUUGGAUCAACUACAAACAGCUCAAGAAACUGAUCAAAGGCAUUGUCUCCUCAUCUUCCACCGCCAUAACCGCCGAUCCAGCGACGAGCAGCAACACGCAGAGCAACCCUAGCAGCAGCAACAACAACGACGACGCCACCACCGAAUCUAUUACCCAGAACCAAGAUUCGCCAGGCGAAUCUUUCCAAUCCGCAGUGGUAUCCGCAGUAGCAGUAGUGGUCGAAGGACAACAACAACAACAAGCAGCAGCAGAUCACCAAAGCAAUGGCGAUGAAACCUCCGAACGACGACAAGCGGAUCCUCCACCACCGUCUCCCGAACCAACCGAUAGCCACAACAACAAUGACGUCACGGCCGUAUUGGGACGAAGUCCAGGAGAGAUUGCCUUUUUCAAACUCUUGCAUACCGAAGUCAAAAAGGCCAGUCACUUUUUUGAACAAGCCCAAAAGGAAUACCAGAUUCGAGAAGAGCGAGUGCGAAAGGGGAUGGAACUCGUCAAGAAUGAACGAGCGGCGGGGGACACCACCGAAGAACAGUGGUCUCGCGUGGCGCAGAGCAUUUUUCGAUUAUAUCGCGAACUGCUGUUACUGGAAACAUUUGCCAUUAUGACAUACUGUGGAUUUUCCAAGAUUCUGAAAAAGCACGACAAAAACACGGGGUUUUCCACCAGAGAUGCCUUUAUGGCCAAGGUGGUCAAUCAAGCAAAUUUCACAAACUAUCCUCUAGUGCUGCAAAUGAUCAAUCGCUGUGAACAGCUAUACGAAGAAGCAUCCAACAGACUAGCGCAAGAAGGAAAAGAAAGUCUUCACGAAGACGAGAGACUCUUUAUUCACAUGAUUCACCGAUUGAAUGCACAAGUAGUGGGCGUCGACGAUGCCCGAAAACCCGCUGCGGACGCGAAAUUGCCUGCCAAGGAUCCAACCGCCAAAGAAGUAACACUGAGCCCCCAAGCGUUUCGUCAGCUAUCUUACACACCAUUUGUCAAAGCCGCUUGGAAAGCACAGUCGCUGAAAGAACUUGUCGCGGAAAAUGACGCUAGUUUGGACCCCAACAAUAAACAACGAGAAGACGAUUCCGAUUCGGAUGGAGACGGGAAUUCCAAACCCAAAGCAGCAACAACAACAACAACAACAACAACAACAGCAGCAAAAAAGAAAAAAACAGACCAAGAUCGCAAGCGAAAGCCGUCGCGCAAGACGGACCCGGACUCGAAACGACGAAAAGACGGCUAGCUAGUUGGGGAUGGGUCGUUGGGCAUGGACGUGCCGUAGGGAACGCUUUCCGGGUGGGGUGUUGAAUGCUCAAAAUGGUGAACCAUCACUUUUGGUUUUCACAGGGGUUCUUUUGUUGACGAUUUACACCCACUCAUUCCCGUCGUCCAACUAUGCUAGACUAUUGUGACAAUCUGCUACCAGCCAAGACUUUUCACCGACAACGGGCGAAGCUUGAGCGGCCUGCUUUGCAGCGGGAUUUCGUUUGUUUCGUCGGCAGCGUCGAGGAGUCGCUUACCAUGUAUGCAAUAUAAUUAUUCCUGUACAGUAGUAUCGAUUGGAGGAGAUGCGGCCGCGAGCGCAAGGUGCGGGUGGGAUCUGGUUUCGUCGAUUCCACCUCUUGAUAUUCAUCAACCAGCAAUAUAUCACUAUAGAUAUUAGACCACGUGUAUUGAAUGAGCUAUUGAAUGUCGACU